CUUACUUCCGCUAGAGGUCACCUAAGUCGGCCUCUUUUUCGCCUUCGCUGUUCACAAGAUGGGGAUCAGUGUGAAGGACGUGAAUCAACAUGAGUUCACCAAGGCUUUGGCCGCCUUUCUUAAAAAGUCAGGAAAGAUGAAGAUACCGGACUGGGUUGACAUUGUCAAGUUGGGAAUUUUCAAAGAACUUGCUCCAUAUGAUGAAGACUGGUUUUAUAUCCGAGCAGCCUCCGUCUGCCGACACAUGUACAUCCGGUCGCCGGUUGGUGUUGGAAGUCUUACAAAGAUAUACGGAGCUAACAAGAGCAAUGGAACGUGCCCCAGUCACUACCAUCGCAGCAGUCCAUCUGUCGCUCGUAAAGUCCUUCAGUCUCUGGAGGGACUCAAACUCAUUGAGAAGGAUCCCAAUAAUGGAGGUCGAAAGUUGACUUCUCAGGGACGCAGAGAUCUUGACCGAAUUGCCUCCCAGAUCAAGUCUAAGAAGAGAGGUGACAAGAAGACGGCACCGCCGGCUACUACUGCUGCUGCUGCUGCUGCAACAACAACAACAACAACAACACCUGCCACAACAGCAGCAGCCACCACCACCACCCCAGCUGUGACCCCAGCUGUGACUACAGAGCCUGCUGUUUCCCAAGCAUGAACAUUGAUUAUGAAAAUGUAAAUUAAAAAAAACAACAAUUUACAAUUCAA